AAAAAAGCCGAUGUUACUUUUGGAAAAUCUGAAGUUACACUUUUUAAAACAAACAUGUCUGCUUCCAUGGAACGAUUUUAAAACAAAUUUUGACAUUGUUUAUUUAAUGAAAGUAUUGUAUUUCAAGUAGAAGUCUAGAUCUAUUUCCUUACACAGUUUAGUGUAAUUUAACUGUACUCAGAUCUAAUUAAAGAAAGCUCUGUUUUUACAUUGAGUUGUGUCAAAGAAUGUCUGAUGAUGAAAGCGGACCAGCCUUUGUCAAGCGCCAGAGAGUGAUCCAUUAUGGUAGUCUGGAGUCCACAGCCAAAGGUGGCGGUGACAGGAGCAGUGUGACUGCUGCUGUAGAAGCCGGGAAAGAGGCUGGACACAUUAACAUAACAGAUGGAGGUCACUUUGACCUUGAAGCAAGUGAGUCAGCUGUGCAAGCCGAAGCCUUGGCUGAGUUUGAAAAGAGAAAGAGGGCUAGGACAAUCCAAGUCUCAACAGAUGAUUCUGAGGUCAAGGCCAACUUGAGACAGAUCGGAGAACCUAUAUGUCUGUUUGGUGAAGGACCAGCAGAGAGAAGAGAGAGACUGAGGAAACUUUUAGUUGAGCUUGGAGAAAGUGCCAUCAAAAGGAAAAAAGAAGAAAAACAAAAAGAGCUGAAGAAGAAGGAGGAGGACAACAUCACUUGGUACCACGAGGGGCCUGCCAGUCUUAAAGAUGCCAGAUACUGGAUAGCUCAGUACUCAAUACGCAGGGCUUCAAAGAGAAUUCAGCAACAAAAAGCAGAUAAGUUAGCUCCCCUGACACAGAAGCAAGCUGAGGUCCAGCACUUACAGAAGAAAAUCAGGUCAGUGACCAAUGAUUGCAGCCAGAUAGGAGACAGCCGCCCCAUUUCCUACUGUUCCUUCAGCCCCAACUCACAGAUUCUAGCCACUGCUUCCUGGUCUGGCUUGUGUAAGCUCUGGUCUAUUCCUGACUGUACUUUUAUCAGGAAUCUCCGAGGUCACAACUGUAACGUGGGCUCCAUUGUGUUCCACCCACAAGCCACCCUCAGCCUGGACAACAAUUUAUGUUGUAUGGCCUCAUGUGGCCAGGAUGGCACAGUCAAGUUGUGGAGUCUUGAAAGUGAAGAGCCAGUGGCAGACAUUGAAGGUCAUGCGCCAUAUCGUGUGUCAAGGGUCAAGUACCAUCCUUCUGGAAGGUUCUUAGCCACAUGCUGCUUUGACAACUCCUGGCGACUUUGGGACCUUGAAGUACAAGAGGAAGUUCUCCAUCAGGAAGGCCACAGUGGUCCAGUCUAUGACAUAGCUUUUCAGUGUGAUGGUGCUUUAUCUAUCACAGGAGGCCUUGAUGCUUACGGUAGAGUGUGGGACCUCCGCUCUGGACGCUGUGUUAUGUUUUUAGAGGGACAUUUAAAGCCUGUGUUGGCCGUUGAUUUCAGUGAUGAUGGGUUUCAUGCUGCCACUGGUAGUGAAGACAACAGCACAAAGAUCUGGGACCUGCGACAGAGGAAGUGUGUCUACACCGUACCCUCACAUACAAACAUUGUUUCUGUGGUCAAAUUCCAACCCCAUCAUGGCAACUACUUGGUAACUGCAUCCUAUGAUGGGACAGCCAAGAUCUGGGCACAUCCCACAUGGGCACCAUUGAAGACUUUAGCUGGACAUGAGAGUAGGAUCAUGGGACUGGACAUAUCUAGUGACCUCAAGUACCUGGCCACAUGCUCGUACGACCGUACGUUCAAACUGUGGGUGUCUGAGCACGGAGCUGGAUUGUGAUAACACAUACAAAUGUUUUCAUUUUUUUAAUGUUCAAUAAAUUCAUAUGUACUACAAUUGUCUUAAAACUUUUUA